AUGCUUGAACACAUAGGGACGACUGUUGUUCCUGCUCUUGUACUCCAAAACAGAUCUGAGAGACCCCCCAAAAUGUUUGCCCCUAUAUCGGACUUGGACUCGGAGGACGAUGAGGAUAGCAGCCAAACAAACCAAAGACCAGGAGAUUUGAGUCUGCAGUUGAACAGAAAUGACAUGGAAACAGCUACUGCUGCUGUAUCAGAUCCGGCGACAUAUGAAGCCGGUUCUGAGGAGGAAGACGAUGGAACGUUGGUCGAUUCAACAAGGAUAGGCUCGGUAGCAGAGCCGAUGCGCUUUGUGGUGCCUGUGAUGCUCUGUCACAACGGGUCAUACAGUUCUGAGACCACAGAGGAGGAUCCUGAUACUCAUACAUACCUCUCCUUCGACCCCCACCCAGCUGAGCCUUCUGGCCCAGCUGAGCCUUCUGGCCCUGCUGCCCCUGCUGCCCCUGGCCCUGCCCCCCGCUCCCCUAUGUCACCAGGAUCCCCUUCUUUACUUGAUCCCUGUUUUGGACCAAGCUCCCUUAUUGUAGCAGAUUCCCCCGUCGUACCGGGUUCCCCCGUCGUACCGGAUUCCCCCGUCGUACCGGGUUCCCCCGUCGUACCGGAUUCCCCCGUCGUAACGGGUUCCCCCGUCGUACCGGAUUCCCCCGUCGUACCGGGUUCUCCCGUCGUACCGGGUUCCCCCGUCGUACUGGGUUCCCCCGUCGUAUCGGGUUCCCCCGUCGUACCGGAUUCCCCCGUUGUACCGGAUUCCCCCGUCGUAUCGGGUUCCCCCGUCGUAUCGGGUUCCCCCGUCAUAUCGGGUUCCCCCGUCGUACCAGGUUCCCCCCAUAUACUAUGUUCCAUAAGUUCAAGAGAUGAAGCAGGUUUUCCUCGAAGCGGCCAUGCAACAGAAGCAUUGUCGUCUCCCCACCCCGCUACCCUCCCCUCCAGACCAGCUCCCAGGGGCCAGAUUCCUCCUCUUAGAAUACGGAUCACCUCUGCCCCAGGGCCCUCCUCCGCCCCAGGGCCCUCCUCCGUCCCAGGGCUCACCUCCGCCCCAGGGCUCACCUCCGCCCCAGGGCCCUCUUCCGUCCCAGGGCCCUCCUCCGUCCCAGGGCCCUCCUCCGUCCCAGGGCUCACCUCCGCCCCAGGGCCCUCCUCCCCCCCAGGGACCUCCUCCCCCCCAGGGCCCCCCAUCCCCCCAGGGCCCUCCUCCGCCCCAGGGCCUAGCCUUGACGCUGUGCUUUUCUGGAGGAACUGCAACGAGGCUGAGUACACGCAUACCAUCUUCUCACACCUGAAUGCCCAAAUGGAGAGCAUGGCCUCCAGGAUCCAGUCCGAGCAGGCCAGUGCGGAGGAGUGUGAGGUUGCACUGCAAGUGAUGAGGGUCUCUGGACAGCUCCCACAUUUACUGGAGGCCAAGGAAGCAGAAUUACAGGCGAAAAUAUUUCAACUGCAAAGAAAAGCCAACGCCAUGGGGAGAGCCAGCUCAGCUCUGAGGAAAUAGAACCUUUUCCUUUGAACUUUUACUCUGACCCUUUUCAUUCUCUUACCAUGGAUUUUACACACUUGCUGCACUUAUUUUAUGCAAAGUAAAAAAUGGGUUAUGUUAUGUGACAUAAGUAAGUUAUUGUUAUGCAAGUUCUUUGUCCCAUGUUGUAACUUGGAUCUCUUCCUAAAGGGAGUAGCCAAACGAUACUGUUAUCUUAAAAUCCACUCCCCUGAUUUUGACACUUUCAAGGAGGAGUGUUACGCGCACGUUCACAAUUUGGAUUGGAUUGGAUUGGAUUCACUUUAAUUUAAGGCUUUUACUGAACCAAAAAAUAAAUGAAAAAAUUAUAUUUUGUUAAUGGCCAAAAGGUGGCACUGUUCUGUUCCUUUAGGUAUCUUAAAUCUUCUUUUAGGUUCGACAUUAAUGUUGUGCGCUAGAGGAACGGUAAUAAACGUUUCACUUUUUUUACAAAAAUUUAUUAUUUCUUGUGUUCUCAAUGUACACAAAUUAUGUAUGGUAGAGAUAUUAAAAUUGAUCUGAUACUAUA